AUGAAUGGAGGCAUGGUUCUCGGUUAUGCUGCAGCCCAUGAGAAAUGGGUGUGGGAGGCUAGAAGGCUUUGGGGCAUAGAUGAGCUGCUCGUCUCUUUGGAUGCUGUGAAUAUCACCCUCCCUUGCUGUAGCGACCUUAAAUGGCAGCCCUGGCCCCACGUUGACCAGUCUCCAACACACGUGGCAUGGUUUGAAAGUCACGGAUGCAGUCUCGUCAAGAUCAAUGCCGAGCCGGGUGAUCUGAUUAUCUGGAACUUGCGAACUGUGCACUAUGCAUCGCUCCCUGAAAGCAAUAUUAUUCGGACAAUUAUCUACGCUACGUAUACUCCGGCAGAUUUGGCUACAUUCGAAGACUUGGCCAAAAAGGUAGAGCUCUUCAACAGCUAUGAGGGUAGCACGCACUAG